GUCCCCCCCUCCUAUUCUGUCAAAAUGUAGAGUGAGUUGUAUAAGAGAAACAAGUUUGUUUUGAAAGAGAAGUUGUAAUUUGGGCCGUUUAUGUUUUUUAUUAUUGAAUUAGGCGGGUGUGAUUGGGCUGGAAAGAGACUGUCUUUCCCAUCAUGCAAUCCUGGUCGGAAUUUCGGAAAUGAAAAAGCCUGGCAAAGGCGAAGCAAUUUUUUCUUUGUGAACGUAUUGUUUUUCCUAGAUUUCAGCCACUUAACUAAAUCGAAGUCUCGACGACGUGUCCAGCAUUAGCCACAUUACGGAUUCAAACAUCAGUCUUCAAGUCUGGGCACUCGUUCGUUUUCUCGCCUAAUUUAGCGUAGCCUAGCCUAGCUGGCCAACCGGUAACAAAGCUGCAAGGCACGACGUCAAGCGUUUAGAAAUCAAAAUAUGUUCGCGAGAACUACACCGGCUGCAUAUAAGUUCCAAGAGGAACUUUGUGGAGUAAAAGAGGAGCCCCCACGUCACAAGGAUUCGACUGUGUGCAAAAUAAUGCACCCAAAGGUUGUUCUUCGCAGACUCGAAGAUCUAUAUGUCAGCCAAGCCCAUUAUCCUGAACACCCGGAGUCUGCAUGCAUCAAGGACGAGGAGGAAGAGUCGCCAUCCAUUAAGGAGGAGGAAGAGUUCGUAAACAUUAAAGGUUUCAGAAAACAUCUUGGUGCUGAGCGGCAGGAGCCAGAAUCUCCUUGCGUUAAAGAGGAUGUUGAGCUCCCCCAAAUCAAAGAGGAGGAGCCAGAGCCUUGUCAACAGAAGCAACUUUCAAUCAAAAAGGAGGAAGAAGAGCUGCCAUGCGUUAAAGCGGAGAAAGAGGAGGAGCAUAUCACUAGGUCAAAUGGUGAGCCCUUGAAGAGUGAAGAUGGUCCGAGUGAGGCUGGCAGAGGGGCGGAGCCUCCAAGCGGCUGCAGCAGCAGCAGCUCAACAGAAGGACUGCAGGCAGGCAUUUUCAUCGCUCCAUCAGACAGAAGUGGCACCACAUCACACUCACCUUACAAUGAUGAUGGUCAUAAGAAAUCUCACCCUGACGACAAACUCUGCAAAUGCUCUCAGUGUGGGAAAACCUUUGUUAAUAAGUACACUUGUCGGACACAUAUGAGGAUGCACACUGGUGAAAAACCUUUUGCCUGCUCAGUUUGUGGUCAAGGAUUCUCUCAAAAGCAACAUUUAAAAAACCACACAAGAACCCACACUGGUGAAAAACCUUUUUCCUGCUCAGUUUGUGGUCAAAGAUUCGCUCAAAAAAUAACCUUAAAACAACACACAAAAACCCACACCGGCGAAAAACCUUUUUCCUGCUCAGUUUGUGAUGAAAGAUUCGCUCAAAAAAAAUCCUUGAAUGUACACAUAACAACCCACACUGGCGAAAAACUUUUUUUCUGCUCAGUUUGUGGUCAAGGAUUCUGUCAAAAGCAACACUUACAACGUCACGAAAGAACCCACACUGGCGAAAAACCUUUUUCCUGCUCAGUUUGUGAUCAAAGAUUCAGUCACAAGAGCACCUUAAAAAGACACACAAGAACCCACACUGGCGAAAAACCUUUUUCCUGCUCAGUUUGUGAUCAAAGAUUUACUCAAAAGCAACACUUGAAAGUACACAUAAGAACCCACACUGGCGAAAAACCUUUUUCCUGCUCAGUUUGUGGUCAAAGAUUCAGUCACAAGAUCACCUUAAAAAGACACACAAUAACCCACACUGACGAAAAACAUUUUUCCUGCGCAGUUUGUGGUCAAAGGUUCGCUCAAAAGCAACACUUGAAAGUACACCGAAGAACUCACACUGGCGAAAAACCUUUUCCCUGCUCAGUUUGCGGUCAAAGAUUCGCUCGCGAGGAUCGCAUGAAGAGACACGUGUGUGUUGGUGUGAGAAGCAGUGGACAAUGACUGUUUUGCCUGUCAUCCAUGCUGGCUUCAUCAGAUUUUGCACGCAGGAGAGGUUAGAGUUGGGGGUUACGUUCGUAUUCGUGGUACUUUAUUUUUGUGAUUGCAUUUUUUUUUUUGCUAUUUUCUCUUUUACCUUUUCUGGCCAUCAACGGCUUUCCCUUGGUUCUCUCGUCGACUGGCAUUAUUUAUAUCAGUGUUUUUCCUAGUGUGCGGCGAGAGAUCGUCAGGUGUGCCGCGAGAAAUUAUCUAAUGUCGCAUUUAUUUAUUUAAUAUAUAAAUUUGUAAUGUCCGUAACUCUGUACGAGCCCUUGAAGGGGCCAUCAGACUGCAGAGUGGUGACCUAGCAGGAAGCAAGCAAGGUGGGAGGGAGUCUCAGGGAGAACGGUGUGAGAGCCAGGUUCGCGGUCGCAUGUUGCGGAUGCCGUUGUUAUUUUGUUUAUUAUUUUCCAUUGUUGCCACAAUAAAAUGGGAAAGUCAUCACUGACUCUUCUCCUUUCUAUUUCCCCAUUCGGGGCUAUUACAAUAUUGUUUUUUACGUCAUCAGGCGGAGUUCCAGUAGAAGGAAGGAUGGAGUAGGUAGAAAGUUCUCGGUCGUGUGCAGAUGAGCGGAGUAUUGCUCGUGUCGUGUUCAAAAACUGCUCGGAUUUCUUGCCAUCAACGACCUUGCUGUCCACGACAAUGUGGACCCCAGCACAUACUACUUCACGUCAUUUGGUUAGAUUAGUCAUGUGUCGAUGUACUCCAAAGUGUCCUUUCUAUUAUAUCCAUAUGUGACAGCCGUCAAUUCCCCCCUGUUUUAUUCCAACACAUUGUUGAGAACAGCAAGGUGGUUAAUAGCUAAA